UCGAGUAAAGGAGGACUUGCAAUUCCAAAGAUCUUCUCGAAAUUUCUAAACUUCGCGACGGGGUCUUUCGUUCUGAACUGGAGCUUGCCGUUUCUGAACUGUUUCGUUUUUGAUGGUUCAUAUUUUGGCAGAAAAUGGGUUUUUGGACCUUGUUAGAAGGGUUUCUACUCUUUGCAAAUGCAUUGGCAAUACUGAAUGAAGAACGUUUUCUUGCUCCCAGAGGAUGGACAAUAGCAGAACUAACAGGAGCCAGGAGAAGUACCCUCAAAGGGCAGAUUAUAGGGCUUAUACAUGCCUGUCAGUUCCUGAGACUUCCCCUUAUACUAUUGAAUAUUAUCACCAUAAUUGUGAAGUUGUUCACUGGAUGAAUUGAAGAGCCAGACCGAAAGUCUAUGCUCUUUUGUGUGUAUCAUGCAAAAAUCGAGUUGCAUUUCAGUGGUAAAAUGAGCUGAACUUAUUAUAAGGCUUUAUCAUUAUCAGUCGCAUCUUAUCAUUUUCUACUCCUACCUGCAUGUUUGUUUUCCUUUAGGGUUGCUAUAAAUGUGGAGGAAUUUAAUUUCUCAAUCCUUUGGAAA